ACUUGAUCCUAACUUAUCCACCUCAUAAUCUACUUGAUCCUAACUUAUCCACCUCAUAAUCUACUAGAUCCUAACUUAUCCACCUCAUAAUCUACUUGAUCCUAACUUAUCCACCUAACCAACCCUUUCCAUUUCUUCAUUUCAGCACCAGGCCUCCUCGAGCUAGCAUGGCAUUCGCAGGAAACACGUGGUGGACUUAUCUUCUGUUCUCGCUGAUCGCGUCAUUCGCGUUGCUAGGCAACAGUCUGGUGUUGUACGUCCUACUCACCAAGAGAUCCUAUCUCAAGCAGCCAUAUAACAUCUUUAUAUUCAGUUUGGCGCUGACUGAUAUUUUAUCUGGAGUAUUCUUGGUAAGUAUAGGUCUGAUAAUAGUUGAUCUGUUGACGACACAGGGUGUGAUUAUUUAUUCAUUUAUUCACAUAUCUCGUCCACAGGUCAUCAGUCGCUACCUUUACCUCCCCCCUACACCAGGCGGGGAGAUCCAACGAGAGAUGUUUUGUCGUACGAUAUGGUCUGCUUGGAUCCUCUUUACCUUGGGGUAUAUAUCAAUCUACACGUGCACCGCUCUUACGUUUGAGCGCUGGCUCGCUGUUACCAGACCCCAAACCUACCGCGCGAUCAAGCCAGCACAAGCAAUCAAGGCGGUGAUAUUUGUCUGGCUAUGGGGGAUAAUCAUCAACAUUACUACUCUAUUUCGAGCAAAAUUUAUCCCUGCCAAACAAUCUUGUUCCUGGACUGCCCUAAGUGUGGCUAACGAUGUAUUCCCAUGGAUAGACUUUACUUUACAAUCUAUUAUCCCUUUCGUAACCAUGGUCGUCCUGUACAUCCACAUAAUCCACAGGUUGAAACGGUUGCCGGUGAUGUCUGCAGAACAUCAGCCAAUCAAGAAAGUCACUAUGGUUGCACUGGCCGCAUCGACUACCAUCAUCAUAGGAUGGAUCCCAAGUCGUAUCAGCUUCAUGUUAAGCAAAUACGGCAUUGUCGAUCCGAAUAGCCUGUCUCACUACUGCCUCAUUAUGUUAUCUCUUGCAAACAGCUGCUGGAAUCCCGCUUUGUAUGGCAUAUACAGUUCACAGUUUAGAAAAGAGUAUAUCAAGAUCUACAAGAAAGUAUUCCGCUUAGAGAAACCAAGGUUGACGAAUACACAAGGAGUGGUUAAUCAUGCGUCAACGGCACCCAGUUCAGGCUCUGCUGAUCAAAGUUCUACUAAAAAUACUCAGUUUUAAAACUAUCAAUCAUUAUCCCUAACCUAUCACACAAUAUUCACAUACAUUCCUGGAUGUAACAUGUGGUUUCACUGUCUUUCUGCUGUUUUCUUUGUGCUCUAGACCAAAAUUAUGCAUUUCAUAUAGGGUGACAUAAAGUGUCUGCUUCCCCGACACAUACUAAAAUGAUAUUGUGGUAUUGGUUUUAUAAUAGCAGUUUGUGUUGUUGCACAUACAGCAGUAUAGCUACAGCUUUUGAAUUACGGACAGCUAUAAAUAAAAUGUGGAACAUCAACACCGCCAUUGCCUCACGUCACAGUGGCGGCGCAAAGUGAGAGGGGGGGGGAGAACCUGCUCUCAAAUUCUUAAGAUUGAAAUAUUGUUGUAAUAUAUACGAAUGAUAUAAAUAGUUGUCAAUAGAAAUACAUACAAAUUAAAUAUUUAAAUGUUGAGCCUAUACUCGAUUGUUCAGUUCGCUUCAUUCUAUCGUUGCCUGCGGAGGAGGCUGUGUCGGUAAAAUGUCCUAUUCUCUCCACAACACUGCACCAAUAUACCUGGUGACUCCUACUGCAUGAACUUCUAGAAAGAACAGUUUAGAACUCGUACAGCAAG